AUGUAUCACACUGUAAACAGAAGUUGCACAAUGACGCCCCUGAUCGUAAGUCUUGUUUUGUGCGCCCUUAGGCUGAGCAGCGUAACCGGCCAGCCAGGCGAUUAUCCCGAGUCAACCGAUCAGCUGGACGCCUGCGGUCAGCACUACAAGGACCUGUUGGCCGCUUCCACCGCCUGGCACGAGAAGAGCUGCAACGGUACGACCAAACGUGCGGCUUGCGUAGUUCCGGAGCACGAGAAAGAAUAUCUGGAGCUGAAGCAGCGCUGUAAAAAGGCGCACGAUGAGCGCAAUGCAAAGGCGAACGAAAUUUACGAGAAGCUGCCGAAGUACAUCUCAGAAAUGAAUUUGCGUGUCAAUCUACUGAAAGAAUCGCUCCGGCAGGAUCUUCCCAACCUGCAAGCCAUGGUGAACGAGCAGAAGAGCUUGCUGGAGGCGGCCUGGAAGUAUGGUGCUCAGCUUCAGCGUGAGCUGUUGCUUACCAGCAUGGAAUCGAACCGUAUGCAGCGUGCGCUGCUGCUUCACUCUUUGCUGGUGAACGUUUCGCUGCCGGAGAUGAUGCAGGAAAGCUACAAGUACCACGGUGGCAAUAGUCGGAUGGUGGCUCGGAUGUUGAAGUUUGCCCGAAAGCUUCCGUUGGCGGACGAGCGGGUCGAGGUGUACAAGGAGCUGGCGCAACUGAUGAAGUCAAACAACCAUAAUGAUCGCUUCCCGGCUAUUAUCUUCUCGAAUGACGUGAAGGAGCUUCAGGAUCGCUACAAACCCGACCAUGCCGAGUACGAGGGUAAGGUUGUGGCACGCUGGCAGGCCCAGCUUCUAGCGGGCAACUUCAACGAGGCUCUAAUGUUCGCGAAGGACUAUCCGGAGUACUAUGCGCGCAUUGAGAAGGACCUAUACUCGGUGCUUAAGAACCAAUGGUCGGUGGAUGCCUUCAACCGGAUGAUUUACCUUCCCAACAAUCUACCAAACGCUGGGCAGCGUGUUCGGGCCUUCCGUAGCGUGCUCGACUCAUUGCUGGCGAAUCAAACGAAGCAACGAAACGAUGCGUUCCUGAUGCGAUUGGCAAACGAGCUGACAAAACUGGAAUCAACGCUCGAGGGAAGCAAUGAGGCAACAAGAAAUUCGCUGAACGAAGCCAAGAAUGUGUUCCAGCAGUUUGCGUACACGCGCGAUUUCUCUGCCUACGCAGAGCUGUACAAGAUUUUCAGGGUUGCGCUCUAG